AUGGCGACUCUGAAAAGUUGUGCAGGAGGGAAAGGAAGUUCCAAGAAGCAGGCGUCUAUUUCAGGAUUCUUCUCCCGCGGUCAAGUUUCUGACAACUCGCAAAAGUCUGAAGAAGUUCAAGGAACAGUCGAGUUAGAUUCAGAAGUCAGCCUCACUGAUGGUCAAGGCACCGAACAAGUGACACCUAGCGAGGUUUCUACCGCUGCUGGGCCUUCCAGUGGAUUGGUUCUAGAAGCCGCUAACGUUCUAGUAGGCCCUCAUCAACCUCGAUCCAAAGAUUUGUUUGGUGGAAGUUUUCCGAGGAGGCAAAUUUUGCGUCAGCGAAGAAGUGGAUUCUGCAUUUGUUUUGCGUGUCGCCUAGCUGAGCAGAGCGGAAAGCAUGGCCACUACGAUGCAUGCUUUACUGAAAGAGGCUUUCGAAACUGGAAAACGGCACUAGAUGACUACAGAAAGCACGAGUCUUCGCAUGUGCACUGCUUGGCGGCAGCUGUGUGGAAUCAGGCAAGACAUGUUGCCGAAUCGGGCACUCUAGCGAAUGCUUGUUCCGCGGUCCAGGAUAUUAGAAACGUUCUUGGAGUGGUAAACAGCCUCUACAAACUGCUGGAAGGAUCGGCAAAGAGACAUUCGCGGUUUCAGGCUAUCCAGGAGAAGCUAGGAGGCAGUUCUGUCACUCUCAAGAGACUUUGUGAAACUAGAUGGUCUUCACGCUAUGAAGCUGUACAUGCUAUCAAGUCCAGUUUUGAUGCGAUCAUUCACACUCUUGAAGCAAUUUCAACUGAAGAUGCCGAAUUAGGACCAGAAGCAUCCUGUCUUCUGAAGUCUGUUCAGACUUUCCACUUCUUCUUCUAUAUUUCAGUGUUGGAAGAGGUACUUGGGAAAACUGCUGUUCUUUCACGCUACUUACAAGGUCGGCGUGUCGAGCUGUCUGGAGUCAAGUCGAAAGUUUCUAGCACAAUCAAAGCCGUGGGUGCACUUCGUGAAGACUUUCAAGACGUCUGGAAAAAUACUGAAGACAUUGCGUCAAAACUAAGCUUGGAACUUCCACAACUUCCGCGCAAACGUAAAGUAGCACAGCGACUGGCCAUGGAUGGUGGUGGUACACCAUAUUACCCUCAGUCUUGUCAAGAGCAAUAUAAACUGGUUUACAAUGAGGUCGUAGAUAUCGUGCGAAUGGAAAUGAAAGAGAGAUUUCGUGAGAAUGAAUAUGAAGUUCUGGCUGCAGUCGAAAAACUUCUAGUAGACUCACUGACAGAGAGCCGACCAGACCGGUCGAGUCUUCAGACAGUGUGCACAUUUUAUGGCAACGACUUCAAUUCUGGCCGACUUGAGCAUGAACUUGAAAUUUUUUAUGGUAAUAUUCAAGCGUACCAAGGCGAACCGGACUGGACUGUAGAGAGUGAAGAGGGAACUGACUUGCCCGAACUUGUAAAAGUCCGGACGUUCUUCAACAAAGGCACUAACAGGGACUGCUACCCAGAAACUUGUAAGCUUCUUAAGACACUUCUUGUCAUUCCUGCAUCUUCAUCGGAAUGUGAACGAUCAUUUUCCACUCUCCGUCGUUUGAAAACGUGGCUCAGAACGUCGAUGGGACAAGAACGUCUGACUAGUCUAGCACUCCUGACAGUCGAGCGCGAAGAAUGUCGAAAAUUGGAGUGUAGAGUGGAAGACCUUGUUGCAGAGUUUGGGUCUAGUGGACGAAGGCGUUUACUGUUAAAUUAGUUUAUCGCACCUCCGUGACGUCUAGAACAGCUGUUGCAUUUAAACUAUGCUACGCUAUCUAGAGUACCCUGGAACCGUUGGUUAAUUGCAAACUAUUUAGCUGCCAGUAGAACGUACUCUGCUCACACAAGAAUGAUCAAUUCUCCAAGCUCCCACGUAUGCACCACUCAGUCUUCAAGUACGCAUGUGACAGCUUUUUGCCCAUAUGUAGGUACGUACUACGAAGGCAAGAAGUGUGUGGUUGGCUGAUUUGACUGAUGAAGUGGGCGUGUCCCGUUGCGUCGCAAAGUCUAGCCCCCCCAAUCCUAGA